AUGGCUCCAAAUCGAAUCACUUAUCUCAUACUCACAGUUCUCGCCAGUCCGGCGUUGAGCGAGAGUCAUCCGCACGAUAACCAAAAAAUUCACCCUCGUCAAUUCACAGAAAAUCACGAUAUUUCCACAGAUUGCGCUGGAUAUGCGCUCAACCGAGGAACGUGGGCCGAACUCGGCAUGGACAAUUACCUGCUUCACUACCCCGGGGGAAUGAAUAUGUCUGUUGCGGAUUAUACUCGCGCCUUGAAAGUCAUGAAUUUCGAAUGUGGGAUUGGCUCAACGUGCCUUUCUGGACAAUUAUGUCACCCAGUUCGUGGUCGUGAUUGGGUCGUACUCUCAGCCUUACAAGAGUGGAAUUUCUACACCAACUCAAUGUAUGAUGCCGUUGGAUCUGCUAUGUCUACAGUGCAAGGAUCAGCUGCUGCAAUGGUUGCAGAUUUUCUGCCCGAGGACGACGAUAAGAAGAUCCUCAUGGGUCUCACUCUUGGCUUGCUGGGUCUUUCCAGUGUGAUAAUGCUGGGUUUCACGACGGCUCUGAUUAUGCCAAUCCUUUGGAGAGUCCUAGUUCUGACUUGGAGCACGAUAUGGGUCUCAGCUACCACUACCGGUACUGGGAUUGCGGCCGCCUGGACAUGGUUGACGAGUAUGGGAGCAGAAGAGACUGUCGCAGCGGUUGGUACAUCGGAACUAGCGGCAGAAGGAGCUGCUGCUGGUGCGGGUACAGCUGCUAUAGGUGAAGGGCUAGCUUCAGGGACAUCUGAAGCCGCACUACAAGCUUCAGCACAGGGAGCUGCAAAAGAAUCGGCUUUGGUGGCGGAAACAGCUGAAACAGAAGCCCAAGUUGCCGCUCAGAAAGCUUCAGCCGCCGUUCCAGAAGCAGAAGUCCAAGGAACAAACGCACAAUUGACUAACAAUCUGAAGGCAGAUAUAGCCGCAACUGGUGGUAACCCUAGGCUACGACGUCGUCAUUCACAUGAGGUAACUCAUGAUAAGUUCCAGAUGUGGUCGACCGUGAACGCACACUUGAGCACACUUCAGGAUCGUCUCCAGGCCUUACUCUCUUUGACGGACGAAUUGACUCUCACGUCACCCAUAAGCUCAAAAGAUGGUAUAUUUGGCGCUCUACAAAACGGCACCUUCUUAUCCGAUCAUCCUCCGAGAGCCGUUCUUCAAAAUAACUUUGCUGAAGCUGCGCAACUUGGUGCAUUGGCUCAGUUGUUCAAAUCAAUAAAUAUGAUGUUUGUGAUCGAUAGCGUACCUUGCAAAGACGAGGGACCAACUACACCAUUGAAAAACCCAGAAGCGGUACAUUAUUGCAGCCCAGAAGGAGUAAAAACCAGCUUAGGAAGGGUCGACGGCAAGAAGAUCGAUUACAGUGUCCGAAACGGUCGACUCAUAUUCUCAAAGUACAGCUACUCGACCAAGUUCCUAGUUGGUUUGGCUACCGAGUGUCAAGCCCAACUAUCCAGUCAAGCAGGUUUAGCCAGCGGAUCUCUACCUGUAGUCAAGAGUGGUCCAGCAUUAUUGCAAAACAUUCCUAAUGUGAACUCUUCGCAAACUGUUCCCGCUAUGAACGCUACCAUCCCGACUGGUGGUCUGCCAAACAAUAACUCGACUUUGCUAAACAAAGAUCCUUUGUCGUCUAUGAUUCUGCUACCGGAUGGGACCUCUGUAUGUUCUUUCCCGAUCCCAAUUUGUGAUUUACGCCUUCCAGAGGUGAAAUCAUUGAUUUCCACUGGGAAAACCCCAGCCGAAGCAUGUCGUGAAGGAUUGAAAUUGAAUAUCUAG